CAGUGGUUGUUGAAGUUUGCAUGAGAAAUAUUAAAAUAUAAAACUUAAAAAAUUUAUUUAAAAAUGAUUUAAUAAAGUGUGACAAAAGUUGUUCGCUUUUACAUCGUAAAAAAAUCAGCAUAUAAUCAUGUCUGGGUCAAUAGAAAUUCCUCUUCGGGAUACGGAUGAGGUAAUCGAAUUGUAUUUGGAUCAAUUGCCGGAUGGCGAUGAAGUUUUAGGAAUAUUAAGACAAGAACGUGCUCAAUUGAGUAUUUGGGUGAAUUUAGCUUUGGAGUAUUACAAGCAGAAGAAAAUUAAUGACUUCAUUAAAAUAUUGGAAGCUUCCCGAACGGAUGCCAACAUUGAUUAUCGUGAUUUUGAAAAAGAUCAAAUGCGAGCAUUCGAUAUGUUGGCUGCAUAUUAUGUCCAAGAAGCAAAUAGGACCAAAAACAAGGAUAAAAAACGUGAAUUAUUCACGAAGGCAACUUUCUUGUAUACGACAGCCGAUAAGAUUAUUAUGUACGACCAAAAUCAUUUGUUGGGUCGUGCGUAUUUUUGUUUAUUGGAAGGUGAUAAAAUGGAACAAGCCGAUGCUCAAUUUAAUUUCGUUUUGAAUCAUUCCAACAGUAAUAUUCCAUCGUUAUUGGGGAAAGCGUGUAUUGCAUACAAUAAGAAAGAUUUCCGUGGAGCUUUAGCAUUUUAUAAAAAAGCUUUACGUACAAAUCCAAAUUGUCCGGCAGCUGUACGUUUAGGCAUGGGACACUGUUUCAUGAAAUUAAAUAAUCAGGAUAAAGCACGAUUAGCCUUUGAACGAGCUCUACAAUUAGAUUCAAAAUGUGUGGGAGCAUUAGUUGGAUUGGCAAUAUUGAAGUUAAAUCAACAACAACCGGAUGCUAUUCGUACUGGGGUACAAAUGUUAUCCAAAGCGUACACAAUUGAUUCAACGAAUCCAAUGGUCUUGAAUCAUUUAGCAAAUCAUUUUUUCUUCAAAAAAGACUAUGCCAAAGUACAACAUUUAGCUUUACAUGCAUUUCAUAAUACUGAAAAUGAAGCGAUGCGUGCUGAAAGCUGUUAUCAAUUAGCACGUGCAUUUCAUGUCCAAAAUGAUUACGAUCAAGCAUUCCAGUACUAUUAUCAAGCAACACAAUUUGCACCACCUGCAUUUGUUUUACCACAUUUUGGUUUGGGUCAAAUGUAUAUUCAUCGAGGUGAUUCAGAAAAUGCUGCUCAAUGUUUUGAGAAAGUAUUAAAAGCACAACCAGGUAAUUAUGAAACAAUGAAAAUACUUGGUUCAUUAUAUGCAAAUUCUACAUCGCAAUCAAAACGUGAUAUUGCGAAAAAUCAUUUACGUAAAGUGACUGAACAGUAUCCAGAUGAUGUUGAAGCAUGGAUCGAACUUGCUCAAAUAUUAGAACAAUCCGAUUUGCAGGGAUCAUUACAAGCGUAUGGUACAGCCACAAGAAUUUUAAAAGAGAAAGUUGGUGAUGAAAUACCACCAGAAAUUUUUAAUAAUGUAGGAGCAUUACAUUAUAGGUUAGGGAAUUUAGAAGAAGCCAAAAAAAAUUUGGAAGAGUCAUUAGAACGUUCAAAAGUAGAAGCCGCUGAACAUGAUCCACAGUAUUAUAAUUCAAUUGCAGUUACAACUACUUACAAUCUUUCACGAUUGUAUGAAGCGUUAUGUGUGUUCGAUAAAUCUGAAAAAUUAUAUAAAGAUAUAAUUAAGGAGCAUCCAAAUUAUGUGGAUUGUUAUUUACGAUUAGGAUGUAUGGCUCGUGAUAAAGGUCAAAUUUAUGAAGCUUCUGAUUGGUUUAAGGAAGCUCUACGUAUUAAUAAUGAUCACCCUGAUGCAUGGUCCUUAUUGGGUAAUUUACAUUUAUCCAAAAUGGAAUGGGGACCUGGCCAAAAGAAAUUCGAACGUGUUCUGAAGAAUCCAGCAACAUUACAAGAUGCAUAUUCAUUGAUAGCAUUAGGCAACGUUUGGUUACAAACACUACAUCAACCCACUAAGGAUAAAGAACGUGAGAAACGUCAUCAAGAGCGAGCAUUAUCUAUGUAUAAACAAGUAUUACGUACAGAUCCACGUAACAUAUGGGCAGUGAAUGGAAUUGGUGCUGUAUUAGCACAUAAAGGUUGUGUGAAUGAAGCACGUGAUAUAUUUGGACAAGUUCGUGAAGCUACAGCUGAUUUUUGUGAUGUUUGGUUGAAUAUUGCUCACAUUUAUGUUGAACAAAGACAGUAUGUUAGCGCCAUUCAAAUGUAUGAAAAUUGUUUACGAAAAUUCUACAAAUAUAGUCAUGUUGAAGUAUUACAAUAUUUAGCCCGUGCAUAUUUUAAAGCUGGUAAAUUAAAGGAUGCAAAAAUGGUAUUAUUGAAAGCACGACGUGUUGCACCUCAAGAUACAGUUUUACUGUAUAAUAUUGCAUUAGUAUUGCAACGGUUAGCAACACAAAUAUUGAAAGAUGAAAAAUCAACAUUACAAACUGUUUUACAAGCUGUCCAUGAACUUGGACUUUCACAUAAAUAUUUCCAAUAUUUAUCUGUACAUGGUGAUCGUAUGAAAUAUGAUGUAACACUAGCUGCUCUUGAAGCCCGUCAAUGUCAAGAUUUAUUAAGUCAAGCCCAAUAUCAUGUAGCACGCGCACGACGUGUUGAUGAAGAAGAACGUGCUUUACGACGUAAACAAGAAGAUGAACGUACUGCAUUCAAAAUGAAACAAAUAGAAGAACAGCAACGUUUGGAGGAGCAACGACGAAAAGAUAAAGAACAAAUGCUACAAAAACGUCAAGAAUUUAAGGAAAAGACAAAAAACGCAUUGUUAUUCGAAGAAAUGCCACAAGAAAAGGGUAAAGGUAAAGGGCGUAGUCGAAAAGAUCAAUAUGUCUCAGAUUCGGGGGGUAGUGAUGAUGGUGUGCGAGGUAAUGUUGAAUCUGGUGAACCACGCCAAAAAAGUAAGAAACGACGACACAGUGGAGAACGUAAGAAGAAGAGUGGGAGCAGUAAACGUAAGCGUGAUAAACGUGGCAACGAUGGUCGUUCUGGCUCAGAUUCAGAUCGCCCUCGUGGUAAGAAGAGCGGUGGACGUAAAAAGGUUAAAGAACCAAAAAAGAAAACUGACGAAGGUCUUAGUGGUAAACAGAAAAUGCGUAUUGUUUCGAAAGCGACAAUUUCUACUAGUGAAUCUGACGAUAGUGACGGCGGUGGUAAAUUAAAAAUUGCUAGUGGAGGUGAAAGCGGGAGUGGGAGUGAUAGCGGCGAUAAGAGAGUCAAGAAGAAGCGACGUAUUGCAUCCGAAUCAGAUCGUUCAGAGAGUCAAUCGAGUCGUUCACGAUCACGCUCAAAGAGUGGAUCACGGUCAGGUUCUGGAUCACGAUCAAGAAGUGGUAGUCGAUCAAAAAGUCGAUCACGAUCGAAAAGUAAGUCACGAUCGAGAUCAAAGAGUGUAUCUCGUUCACGAAGUCGUUCAAAGAGUGGAUCACGAUCUGGAAGUCGUUCAAAGAGUGGAUCACGAUCCAGAAGUCGUUCAAAGAGUGUAUCUCGAUCUAGAAGUCGUUCGAAGAGUGGAUCAAGAUCUAGAUCUGGUUCGAGAUCCAAAUCCCGUUCAAAGUCAAGAUUCAGAUCUAAGUCCGGUUCACGGUCACGAUCUAAUUCCAAGUCACCAUCGCGUAGUAGAUCACGAAGUGGUUCUAAAAGUCCUAGUCGGAGUAGAUCAAGGUCGCCAAAUAAGUCUGGAUCUGGUAGCGAUUAAACUAUAUAUAAAUUUAAAUAAUUUGGUAUUAAAGAGUUGGGCAUAAUCUUUUAAUUGAAUUUGUGAUGACGAUUUUUGUAAAUCGGGCCGUAAUUUUAAAUGUUUUUUGAAUUUUAUUUUUAUUUAUUUUUUUCUAGAGGAUGUUAAACAUAUUAAAAAUAUAAACAAUUUGUUUGUAAAUGUAAUUGUUGGACUUGCUGGCUCAUUAUUCAUAAUGGACCAAGAGCUAAUGAACUUUUAAAAAAGAUCGCAUAUAGUUCUAGAUCGCACUAGGUAAUAAUUUUUUUUUGGGUGCCCUAUUAUUCUAUUAUCAGUUCUUAAUAGAACUAUAAAUAGGUCUGCUGAAUAGAUACCAUGAAUGGUAACUACCCACUGAUAGACACCUAAUCGAGUUUGUAGUAUGUAAACUAUAAUUAAAGCCAUUUACGUAAAUCUAAAUCUCAAAUCUAGAACACUUUGUCUAUUUAGUCUACUCUUUGACUAUUGUCUAAGAGACUGAUUACUUCAACGUUUGGGUGCCUUUCAAGGCGAGUCAAGUAACUUUCACUGAACCGCGUAAUUUCUUCACGCACUGUGGACACUUUAAGACUAGUCGUCAUUACGCACGUACCAGGGAGAUUCACUAAUUGUUCGUAACACUUUUGAUUGAAACCGUUUAAUAAUUUCGAUGUUACUAUUGCUACCAGUUCCUCAUACUUGAAUCCCAUAAGUCCACACAGGUUUUAGAAUUGAUUUAUACAAUAUUACUUUAUUGUCUAAUGAUAACUUAGAUUUAUGGCCUAGCAGCCAGUAAAGUUUCGAGAAUUUUAAAUUUAAUUUUUUUCCUUAGACCAGAUGUGUUUGCGCCAAGUUUGCCUUCCGUCUAAGUGAAUUUCCAGGUAUUUUACCAAUUUCAGAAAGCUCUGUACGCAUGGACCUACACACCGCGUUGUACAUUGACCGAGGCUAAAUCCUUUAAUCAAUAUUCAGAUAUUGUCGAUAAUGUUGAAAAGGAGCGUUGCUGUCACAGAUAAAAUUGCCAGAACGCGAAUCAUUUGGAAACGUAUUUCAGAUGUGACAGAAAUUAUCGUGCAAAAUGAAGAGUAUAUUUUAAAAAGUUGAGCGUAAGAGUCUUCAUUUACCUUUUUCAUUUUGUUGGGAAAGAGACAAUCAAAGCUUGAUCAAAUAUUGCGUGUAUCACAAACAAGUCGAUAUGUACAAUUUGUAGAUUAUGGGAUGGAUGGAUAUCUUAUCUUCAAUUGAAUCAGUCUGUACAUUCGAGCGUUGAGUCUGGUUUGGCCGUCAACCAAACCUCCCAGGUCUGAUCAGCGAGGUGCCAACUGCGAUCUUUUCAAUUUUAUGUUAGCCAAAAAUUCUUUGGCUCUUGAUCCAUAAAGAAGUUUUUCUUUUGAUUGAUUUUGUAUUUGAGUAUACUCGGCGUUAACAUCAUUAUUUUACAUAUUCAUUUAAUUUUGUUUAUUUUAGAGUUAAAAAUUUCGUUUUGUCACAAAAAAUUUUACGGACGGAAAUGGACAUACAGAGU